UCGCCAUCCGAGGAACAAGAGCAGAUGACGGACGAAGUGCUCAAGGCGACGGCAACGGCCGCGCUCGGCGCCGCGCUGGAGGCGUACCCGGGCAAGAAGACGCUCAUCGCGGACGCGUCGUUCCGUGCGCUUCUCGAUGUCAUGGCCUGCGGCGUCGGUGGCAAGGCCUUCUUCGAGCGCCAGCAGGUAUCCCGCAUCCUCCUGCUGGAGCGGCCGCUGCCGCGAGCGAGCCUCCUCGACGCAUGCGUCUUUCUUCUCUUGCGGCCCCAAGCGACCAAUGUGACCCUCUUGCGUGAGCUGCAUAGCGCACACCCGUCGCUGACCAUGACCGUCGCGUGGGUCCCUGCCUGCUCGACAGCCGUCGAGCUCGAGAUGGAGCGGCAAGGCCUCAAGCACCUCGUGGCCGAGGUCGAUCUGCCGCUGUACUUGCUGCCGUGCGAAGAGCACGUGUGGAGUCUCUGCCGCGAGAACGAUUUUCAAACGCUUUUUGUGGAGAAAGACCAAAGCCUUGUGACCGAGGUCGUGAAGAGCCUCCUUGAGCUAAGCCUCACGCGCGCGACGAGUAUGCAAGCGCUCGGCGCCGUCGCCGAGAGCGCCAAGAUCCUCUACGAGAGCGUCCAGUCCAAGGCGCCGCCGCCAGCGUCGGCUGCGCCGUUUGACCAAUGCAUCCUCGUCGAUCGCACCGAGGACCCAAUCACGCUGCUUGUGACGCCGCUCCAUUAUGAAGGACUAGUGGAUGCUGUGCUCGGGAUGAAUCAUGGCGUCGUCACCGUCAAUGGCGCCAAGCACAUGCUGUCCACGAACGACGAGUUCUACGCGUCGAUCCGGGACCUCGACUUUGAUCAUCUGGUGACGUCGCGGCUGCCGGCAAUUGCGGCGAGUCUUCGCGACGGCAAGCAGCUUACACCUGCGACCGAGCUUGCCAAGAAGCUCGGGUCCCUCGUACAAACCAAGCAAGCUGUGAGUUUGCACUUGGAUCUUGUGGCGGCGAUGACGCAGGUUAGCAGCGACGAUCACAAGGCGCUCAAGCGUUGCGUCGAGAUCGAGCAGAGCAUCAUGGGCCUCGGCAAACCAAAGGACAUUGACGCGAUGAUCGAAGAAGGCUUGCUCCGCGACCCACCGCUCGAGCUCUCGAAGAUGCUCAAGCUGCUUUGCCUCCAUGCCCUCGUGCUGGGUGGCCCCGAAAGGAAGAUCUUUGACACGCGCCAGCAGCAGCUCUGCCAUACGUACGGCCACCGCGUUCUGCCGCUGCUUUCGAGUCUCAGCGCGUCGCUGCAGUGGCUAGUGCCCAGAGGUGGCCACCCGGACUGGAAGUGGUCGAAAUUGCGCAAGUCCAUGGACCUUCUCAAAGGCAGCGCCAUUGAAGAUGUCUUGCAACCGCGCGACAUUUGGGGGAUGUUUCCUACGAUCGGGUACGCACCUCUGAGCGUCCGCCGCGUUCAAGUGGCCUGCGGGAUGCGCCAGGUGAGCGCGCUGCCCUUACCAGCCUUGACACCCAAGCCCGGCCCACCCCAGAGAGUGCUUGUCUACUAUCUGGGCGGUGUGGCGUAUGCAGAGCUCGCAGCGUACCGGUUCUUGAACCGAUCGCAGAGCCAGUUUGCGUUUGUGGUGGCGACCACGUCGAUCUGCAACACGACGCGGCUUUUUCAGGGCCUCAUGGCGUCCCAGUAGAGUAGUGCACUUCGUUUACAGGACAUCAUUUCAACCCGACAAGGCCAGUGUGAUCAACAUGGUCGACUUGAUAGCAAAAUGACAACGAUAUUACUGUAAUAUGUCGAGUUGACUUGUG